AUGUCUGCCAUACCAUUCCUUUCUGAAUCUUUGAACACAGACCCCGGAGAGGGUGUCGCGGCCGAUACUAUCCUUGAAGCUCUCGAAUCUCUUGCCUCUGGCAACAUCCCAGCUCCCCUUCGUGACGAUGAGGAAAGGCGGCUCCGAUUCUUAGAGGCUGCCAGAAUGGCCUCUCUUAAGCUCGAGCAGCCGUGGGACACCAUGCAGCGAUUGAUCUUUUGUGCACUACCGCCCAACAUGGUGCAAGUUGGUAUUGAUCUUGGGCUGUGGAGGCUACUCACUAAGCGAGAGGGUGCAGUGAUGAGUGUGAGUGAGAUGGCUGUGGAGUUGGGUGCGGAAAAAGCACUGUUAGUGCGAGUGUUGCGGUGGGCUGCGACGCAAUGGAUGGUGGAGCAGGUUGGCGUCGAGACGUACCGUGCAACAAACAUUACGCGAUAUCUUUCCAUGUCAGGGCUAGAGUCUGUCAUAUUCCAUGUAACAGAAAGGAAUAUUGCACUUUACAACGCGAUACCAAAGUGGCUAGCCGACAAUUCCUACCAGCAACCGCAAGACAAUAAGAACCUUCCAUUCAACUUAAGUAAAAACACCGACCUACACUUUUUUGAAUGGUUGUCGCGGCGACCACGCCACCAACAGGCAUUCAACGAGUACAUGUCCUUUCAGCGGGUAGGGCAAAAGAGCUGGCUCGAUGUGUUCCCACUCGAAAAGUACGUGCACGCCUCGAGCGCGGGUGUUGAGCACCGAAAGCUUUUCGUGGACGUCGGUGGUGGCUACGGGCACCAGUCUAGAGAGGUUAUCAGGAGAUUUCCUUGGGUGCAAGGACGUGUUGUGCUACAGGAUACACACGCGGCUGCUAUCGACUCUGCCAAGGGUAUCGAAGGCUUGGAGGUCGUUCAUCAUGACUUCAAUAAGGUGCAACCAGUCAAGGGCGCGUGCGUUUACUACCUGCGCAACAUCUUGCAUGACUGGCCCGAUCAGGUCUGUCUUAACAUCCUGUCACAACUGAAGGAUGCACUGGCUCCUGACUCGGUCAUCCUGCUUGACGAGCUCACCCUUGGGGACGAGAGCACACACUGGUACGGAGCCUCUUUUGAUCUACUGAUGAUGGCAAAUUAUGGGGCUCGAGAGAGGUCACUGGCGGAGUGGGAUCGUAUUCUCGAGAAGGUUGGGCUGGAACGGAAAACGUUUGUGCCGUACAGCAUGCAUGGAGAUGGCAUCCAGGUAGUGGGUGCUCGAGCAACGGUUCACGAAAGAUUAUAA